AGCUCUAGCUGUAGGUUAGAGAGGUCUGUGUACAGACCGGUACUACCGUUUCAAAACUGAAUCCCUGCAGGCCGCAGAGACUGUGUGGAGAAGCCUGAGGUUGGUGAAACAAACAUGGGGAACGCAGAGAGUGGCUGCGGUGGAGCCAGCGGCGACGAGGAGGACGUAGAAACGGAGAGCCCCGGCUUCGCGGAAGACAGUCCGGCCUCUGCGGCCACAGGCGUCGGAGUCGGAGGCGGUGGAGGCUCCGGGUCUGGCAGAAGCGGAAGAGGAUCGAAUAGCCUGCCGGUACACACCGGUGGACCACCCAGCCCCGGCGUCCUCUUAGAACAAGUGAAACUAAGAGAAGCAGCGGCUCGCAUUAGCGACUCGGGGGUCGCCAUUCAGGAGUCUGUCCUGGCCGGGAAUGAGGGAGUCUUGGUCCGGUGGCUGGAGGACCGGUUAAACCGAGGAGAAGAGUCUGUCAAUGUGGAACAGUUUUGUGAAAUGUUGGAGAGCAGAGAUGCGCCUAGAGAUGAGUGUGAAGAGGCCUUUGGACAGUUUGAUGCAGAGGGGGACGGGGUGGUGGAUGUAGAGAGCAUGCUCGUUGCUCUGAAGAACUCCAAUGGAGCUAAUCUACAGGGAGAGCUGAGUCAUGUGAUAAGACAGCUACAGGCGUGCUCCUUAACCCCAGGUUUUGUUGACAUAUUCUCCAAGACCAAAGACCGGUUAGGGGCGCAUGCCUCUAAGAUCCUCAAAUACUUACACAGGAAUCGUAUUCCCAGCAGUGCCAUCCCUUUCCCUAUUUUAGAGGGCUACAACAGUAUCUGCACCAUGAGGUCCAGCGUGGUCCAGGACUUUUUGGAAUUCCUCUUGCAGAAGGAGAAAGAUUUAGAUAUUCAGUACAGAGCCGAGCUGGACCGCGAUCCAGAGGUGGACAAAGUCAAGGUGGUCACCCAGUGCUACAGCACAAUAGAAGCUUCAUCCAAUGUUGCCGAUAUUUACAAGAUGACAAACGGUGAAACUGCAUCUUUCUGGCAGUCGGACGGCAGUGCACGCUCACACUGGAUAAGAUUAAAAAUGAAGCCAGACGUGGUUUUGAGACGUCUAGCCAUCGCUGUGGCGUCCAAUGACCACAGCUACAUGCCUCAACUGGUCUCGGUUGCUGUGGGGAAAAACCGACGUUCCUUGCAGGAGAUCAGAGAUAUCCGUAUCCCCAGCAAUGUCACAGGCUAUGUAGCACUCCUGGAGAAUGCCAACAUCACACACCCCUACAUCCAAAUCAACAUCAAGCGGUGCCUGAGCGAUGGAUGUGACACACGGAUUCACGGCUUGAAGACGCUGGGCUAUCAGAUUACCAAGAGUAAAGAGGUGUCUGUUUCGGAUGCUUCGGCCAUCUGGUACCUGUCUCUCCUCACCUCCUUGGUCACUGCCUCCAUGGAGACCAACCCUGCACUGGCUCACACUGUCCUUCAGAGCACACAAAAAGCCUUACGUCACAUGCCACCGUUGUCCCUAACGCCGUCAUCCACAGAGUUCCCCAAGUUCUUCUCUUUGAAUAUCCUGGAGGAGGUGGAUGGAUUUCUUCUCAGGAUAGCAGACUGCUGUGUGAGCCCUGACGCAGAGCUGACCCUCCUGGCCUUCGCUCUGGCCAGAGGCAGUGUGUCAAAAGUGCUCCAAGCCCUGUCCUGCAUCAGUGACCAUUUAGAGGCAGAAUACAAGGCCUCCCCCCUCAUCACCUCUAUGGCCUCAGUUAGGCUACGACUACUCUAUCGCAAUGGGAAGUCCCUCCAGCUGCAUUUACAGGCCUGUGAUGUAAAGAGUAAAGAGGAGAAAUCAGGACCGGAAAACAUGCUCACAGAAUCCUCCACCGGAGACGGUUUUCUCACCGAAAGCGGCAGGAAGAAAGCCAGCGUGAUCCUGUCCACAGAAGACCAGAGCAACUUCCAGGUCACUCAGAUGAAGAUCAAAGUGCGAAAAGGAGCCAUAGGAGCAAAAUGUGGUUUGGUGUUCGCGUACAAGGAGGAAGAUGCUUUUGAUGCAGAGAAACAUUUCAAGAGGUUCAAAAAGUAUGACGCGUGGGACCACAAGGACUACAAAGAGUUUAUACAAGACAAUGUGAGGAUUCCAGCACAGUCCGAGGAUGAGCCGAUUGGCUGGUUCGAGCUUGAGGACGACUGGAAUGAUGUGGAGAUCAAGCUGCAACAGUGUCGCGUUGCAAAGUUCCUGAUGGUGAAAUUCCUGUGCACCAGGCAGGACUCUGCUGAACGCCUUGGGGUGCAGUCCCUCAGCUUCAGCGGCUACCUGUGCCCUGGGGCAGAGAGGCUGGGAGACCUGGAUGAUCUGAGUCCAGAGGGAGAGAGCUACGACCGUGAUGCUGUCACCGGCCUUUGUCUACUAAACAAGACACUUUUCUUCAUCCAACAGCUCACACGCGACAUGGACGCCUCUCACUUCAAGCAGAAGUUUCUUCUUGACUUCAGUGGUGGUCUCAACUUGAACCUCUUCUGGAACUUUUACAGUAAACUCCGGACAAUUGAGGGAGAGGACGUGUUGAAGAGCAGAGUUCUUCUGCUCCAGUUGAUGCAGAACUGUUUCCCCAUGCUGCCCAACCCACUGGAGAUAGGCGGGGCAGAAGAGAGUAAAGGGCCAAAUGAAGGAGCAGCAGCAGCAGCAGCAGCAGCAGCAGCAGCAGCAGCCGCCACAGCUUGCCCAUCCACCUCCAGCAGUGCAGAGCCUGUGAAUGAUUCUGUUAGAGCCGUCUGGGAACUCUACACUCACCUGUGCCACGUUGUGGAUGGUCCAGAGGGUGAGACAUUAGUGGAAAAAGCUUUGCGCAAGGAAGCAGUCAAGGCCAUUCUCAAUGGAGCAGCUGUUUUCUUCCCUGAUAAACACAUCAGACGGGACAAGCUCUUCAACAUGAUGAAAAACAUUACAGAAGAGGAUCAGCCAGAGUCAGUGAAAGUGACAUUCGAAUCACUUUGCAAUUACUUCAGUGAUCAGGACCCAAGUGGCCUUCUCCUGCUCCCACCUAAAGGAGCUCCCUCAGACUUUGACAUCAGCCCUAUACUGUCAGUGAUGGAGAUACUGCUAUUGGUGGCAACAAGAGAAUGUGAGGUUAUGAUGGUGGAUGAGAGUGGUGGAGCCAGCAGGACGGUGUUGCUGUCCUUGUUCUGGGCUCUGCAGGGCAGCCUGCUCUCCUGGUGCUACCUGCAGCUUAAAGGGGGAGCCUCUACCCCCAUUGCCAUGGACCUGGCCAGAGACAUCCUCUUAAAAUAUGUAGAUCAGUUCUUGGGAAGUGUCAAGACUAUACUUGGUUCCCUGCUGGAGAGAUACACUGGUGCUGAAAUUACUAACAAACUAGGCAGCUCCAUCCUCGCCACAGUCUUUAGACAACUGAUGGUUUUCCUCCUGGAGCUGUGCUCUUUGGACAUCCCUCACAGUCUGCUGCUGAGGAGCUUCUCUUCUCUGGUCGAGCUACUCAAAAACCUAGCCAGUGACACAGGAGACAUCUUUUCCAAGGUGGAUCAAGAGAGCUGGCAACAACCCCAGCAGCCUGUGGUGCUAAGGACCUGGAACAUGGAGUCCCCUCAUAACUAUGAGAAUAGCCGACACGAGACCAGCAUCUUUGCCUGUCCUGGUGCUACCUCCUUUGAGGUGGAAUUUGACGAACGCUGUGAGACAGAAAAGAGAUACGACUACCUAGAAUUCACAGAUUCUAGAGGUGGAAAGGUCCGCUAUGACAUGAAAGUUGGAACUGAGAAGUGGCCAAAGAAAGUGACAUUUGACGCUGGCCCUCAGCUCCAGUUCCUCUUCCACUCUGAUAGCAGUAAUAACGAGUGGGGUUACAAGUUCGCUGUGACAGCCCUGGGUCUGCCAGACAUCACCAUUUCAUGGAUGUCAGACCUGCAGCUGCUGGUAGCUCGCCUGAUGGGUCGUCUUGCCUCUAGAACCCUGGCACUAAAAUCCCCUCAUGAGAUCCGCACUUUAAAAGAGCUUCCACCAGGGAAUAUGUCCCAUGUUCAGUCUUCGCCUCUAUGGAAACCCAUCCUGCGACAUGGGUUGUGUGAAACCAGAGACGUGGAUCGGACAAAACCAGCAACAGUACCGACGAAUUCAUGGACUGUUGAUGACUUAAGGAGCUUCCUGGAGGACUUUGCCCGUUGGAACCCUUCACAAGAACCAACAGACAGUGCAACAGAGCUGAUGAGGACCUUCAUGCAGUCCUGUAGGAAACAGACUAUGAGGAAUGAGAUAGCCGUUGGGUCAAAGACAGACCAAGCUGUGAAUGCCAUUUGGGCAGCGAUGGUAUAUCACACACCAGCCCUCAACCACUCCCUGAAGACCUAUGUUAAUCAAGAUUGCAAAUCCUGUCUCAGUGAAGAUUUUGUGCAGGUCUACUCACUGGCAGACAGCAUCAGAACAUGGAUGUUGGAGAUGAAGCAGAGAUACUUAGUUGGCAAAAUGACUGUUUCUGAUGAGAAGGAAGGAAGUUCUGAUGAGGUUACUAUGGAGACACUAGCUGAAAUGUGCAUUGAGAAGAGCCUCUUGCUGUUCAGAUUUUCCCCUUGUGGAGUACCAUGCCAGGACAAUGACUCCUCCAAAGCUGCUGAAGGCAGCAAUGCUCCACUCCUCCGCUCAAGUUCCAUCUCAGAAGGGGACUUCCAGGCCAGCCCUUCAUCUGGACCUCAGACUUCUGGGGCUGAUGAGGGCUGUGAGGCCAAGGCAGCACAGAGCCAGCCCCCCAGUGCUCAAGUCCAAAACUCAUCUACCUGUGGGCACAACAGGCGGGGUAACAGAGGGUCCACAGAGAGUCUCUCAUCCCAACCGGGAGACCCAGCCUCUCCCUCCACCUUCCCUCGUAAAGCUCCGUUCAGCCGGGCACGCCUACGCCUCCUGUCCUGCCGCUCUACAGAAGAGCCCCGCAUGACCCCCUCUGUCAAGGAUCGCUACCCAAUACUGAAACACAUCAUAAACUUUAUACGAGACCAGGCUCUCACAACAGCAAGCAUUUUGCAGACCUUGUCGCUGAACAAAGCCCAGGCUGUGAGUGUGUGCAAGGUCCUGGAGGUGGUUCAACAGUGUUUACAUUCCCUGGGAAAGCCACACCUCUUCCAAGCCCCCUGCAUCCUGUUCCUACAGGAGCUGUUAGCAUGCCAGAAAGACUUCACCAGUUAUUUCUCUCAGUUGUCAGACAGUGGGCAGACGCUAGGAGAAGAAGUGAGACACUCCUACCAUCAGCUGGUGCUAAUGCUGGUCGAGGCUGUUCAAGGAUUUAACAGCCUCAACGAGAAGGCCCUGCUACCAGCCCUGUCUUGUGUGCAGACAUGCUUGUUGCACCUGCUGGACAUGAGCUGGGAGGUGCAUGACCUUCCUCUCUUCCUGAACAUCAAACUUCCUGACCUCCUGCUCAACAUGUCCCAGGAGAACAUUAGUGUUCAUGACAUUGCCAUCAGUCAAUGGACAGAGGAAGAUGAAAUUGCAGACUACAAGAAGAACCAGGAGUGGAUGGAUGAGUGUAUGGACGGGAUGUUUGAGAAGUGGUACGACAAAAUCGAAGAAGAGGACUCCAUGGAGGACAGAAGAAAGAUGCACAUGUUCAUUGCACGCUAUUGUGACCUUCUCAAUGUUGUAAUAUCCUGCGAUGGUUGUGAAAGGAUGGCACCUUGGCACCGCUACCGAUGUCUGCAGUGUAUGGAUAUGGACCUCUGCAAGACCUGUUUCCUCAGUGGCGCCAAGCCUGAGGGCCAUGAGGAUGACCAUGAGAUGGUGAACAUGGAGUACGCCUGUGACCAUUGCCAGGGUCUCAUUGUAGGCAGCAGGAUCAACUGCAACGUGUGUGAAGACUUUGACCUGUGCUUUGGCUGUUACAAUGCAAAGAAGUAUCCAGACAGCCACCUGCCCACCCAUCGGAUCACAGUUUUCCCCAUGGUGACCAUUCGGAUCAGUGACCGUCACCGCCUGAUCCAACCCUACAUCCACAACUACUCCUGGUUGCUUUUUGCUGCUUUGGCCCUCUACACUUCAGAGCUGAACAGUGAAAGGCAGAUAGAUGGAGAGUCUUUGGACCUCAACAUCUUGAGCCAGGCUUCGGCCCUGCAGACGUACUGCUCCCAGCUCAUCACUGAUUGCUUGCUAAAGGGUCAGACUGGCAAAGGGCUGCGUUCCUCAGCCUUGCUCGCUCUGCUGUCGUCCAAUGAAUCAGCCUCUGACAGCGAGAUCUGUCCAGUCUCUCCCGAGUCCUCCCAGGAGCUCAGUACGGCCACUGACACCUCCUCUCUGCCUGGCAGCACCGCAGCCAUCUGUUCCCCGUCAUCUCCCAAAGACAAGACUAAACUAUCAGGAAAGGAAAAGAAGGCGAAGGAGGCAGGCUCUCCUCCCUCUGCUCCUGCUGAAAUGCUAUCACCCCCGAGCACUGUAGAUGGGGAGAAAAGGAAACUGGUUACACAAGACACCCUGGACUCUCCCAGCCUCAGCCAGACACUUUCUGUGUCCAGCGAGGACCCUCUCUCUCCCGUGGUCCGACCCUCAGAGUCUGGUCCAGGAACCGUCAACUCUCCAACCUCAGACAUCAAGGAGACAGAUGAGAGGCUGCCUCAGAUUCCCCUCCUGGAGCAUGUGUUCUCAGAAUGCUCCAGAGAGAGAAUCCUGGGACUUCUAGCUGCUAUGUUGCCACCAGCCAAACCAGGCGCCACCUUGUCUCUGCCCAGUCUCAACUCCAUCCUGCCCCAACUUUUCCGGGCAGUCAUCUCAAAUGCUGGCUCUCUUAACGAGACCUACCACCUCACCCUGGGACUCCUAGGCCAGCUGCUACUCAGAAUCCCUCCAAUGGAGGCCGACACCGCCGUCACAGAGGCCCUAGCUGACAAAUAUGAAAUGCUGACACAAGGAGAGUCGGCCACUUCUGACACUCAGGGCUGGAAGACCACUCAGCUGCUCUUCAGCUUGGGGGCAGUCUGUUUAGACAGUCGUAUCGGUCUGGACUGGGCGUGCACGGUGGCAGAUAUUUUACACAGUCUUAACGCUUGUCCCGAGUGGAGCACAGUCAUCGCUGCCUUCACCGAUCAUUGCAUUCAGCAGCUGCCACAAACUCUGAAACGCACCAACCUCUUCACCCUGCUGGUGCUGGUGGGCUUCCCUGAGGUGCUGUGUGUGGGCACCCAGACGGUGUUCAUCGACAACGCCAACGAACAGCACAACAUGAUCCUGCUGAAGCACUUCACAGAGAAGAACCACGCUGCAGUGGUGGAUGUUAAGACGCGCAAGAGGAAAACAGUGAAGGACUACCAACUCAUCCAGUCUCAGGAUUCCACUACAGCUGGCCUUCCAGGGCAAUCAGAAGACCAGGGCUCACCAAAGACCCUGCUCAGCCGUUACCUUAGCAAUUUCACAUCCAUCAUCAGCCACUUGCUGCAGGCAAGCCAGGACAAUGGCUCUCCUGAUGCCGUAGAGGCUUCUUGGGUUCUGUCCUUGGCCCUUAAAGGUCUCUACAACACACUGAAGAAGCAUGGAGUGGAGCAAGCUCAGGAGGCCAUCCAGCAGUCAGGAUUGACUCAGCUGCUGGUGAGGAAGUGCAGCAAGGGCACAGGCUUCAGCAAACUAUGGUUGCUGAGAGAUCUAGAGAUUCUCUCCAUCAUGCUCUACUCCUCCAAGAGAGAGAUCCACUCCAUGGCCCAGGACCCAGAGCGAGACCAAAGAGAGCAGGACAAAGAGCACGACUCAGACCACUCCAGUAGCUGCGCUGACGACACAGACGUCAAUAAGCCCGACCCCCUGGAGGGCCUGGACGAAGAGACAAAGAUUUGCUUCCAGAUCACCCACGAUGCCUUAAAUGCCCCUUUGCCCAUCCUGCGAGCCAUGUAUGAGUUACAGAUGAAGAGAACUGACUCUUUCUUCCUGGAGGUGCAGAAGAGAUUUGAUGGAGAGGAGAUAAAAACAGAUGAGACAAUCCGUACGCUGGCUCAGAAGUGGCAGCCAACCAGGCGGCCGCGCUCUGAAGAGAGGAACACCAAGGCUGUGGACACUGACAUGAUUGUUGUAUCCUGCGUGUCUAAACCCAGUCACUGUGAAAAAGCCACAGAGGAGAUCAACGUAGUGGCCCAGAAGCUCAUCACCAAUUCAGAGACCGACCUGCAGCUCAGCUACGCGAAACAGAGGCGUACCAAAAGCUCGGCUCUUUUGCACAAAGAAUUGGACGUGCGCAGCAAUCGGGCAGUCCGUCAAUACCUGGUGAAGGUCAACCAGGCCAUCGCCACGCUGUACGCCCGCCACGUGCUGGCCUCACUGCUGGCCGACUGGCCUGCUGAGGCGGCGCUGAGCGAGGAGGCCCUGGAGCUGAACGGCGCCUCGCACAUGGCAUACAUCCUGGAUAUGUUAAUGCAGCUGGAGGAGAGGCCGCUGUGGGAGAAGAUUCUGCAGAGGGUGCUAAAGGGUUGCAGCCAGAGUAUGCUGUGCAGCCUUUCUCUCACUGCUUGCCAGUUCAUGGAGGAGCCAGGUAUGGCCGUGCAGAUCAGAGAAUCCAAACACCCGUAUGACAACAACACCAACUUUGAGGACAAGGUGCACAUACCAGGGGCCAUCUACCUGUCAGUAAAGUUUGACUCCCGCUGCUACACAGAAGAAGGCUGUGACGAGCUCAUCAUGUCCAGCAGCAGCGAUUUCCUCCAAGAUAUUCACAACUUCAGCGGCUCUCCUCAGAAAUGGUCUGAUUUCGAGAUCCCCGGUGACACCCUGUACUACAGAUUUAUGUCAGACAUGAGCAACACAGAGUGGGGCUACAAGUUCACUGUUACAGGAGGGCACAGGGGACGCUUUCAGACAGGUUUCGAGAUACUGAAGCAAAUGUUAGCAGAUGACCAAGUGCUCUGUCACCUGCCACUGUCUGACAUCUGGGAGUGGCAGGUGGGCGUGGCCUGUCGCCAGACUGGGAACCAGAGACUAAAAGCCAUUCACUUGUUGCUCCGCCUCCUGCAGUGUCAAUCCCAGACAGCCUGUGAGCUGACACUGCUGCGACCUCUGUGGCAGCUUUUUAUGUCCAUGGAAAACAGCCUGAGCCAAGAUCCCACCAGUAUCACUGUGCUGCUGCCUCUUCACAGAGCACUCACUGAACUAUUCUUCAUCGCAGAGGCCCGUGCCAUCGCACAGGGCAUCCUCCAGGAGUACUUACUAGCCAUGACCACUGACGAACAGCUCCUCAACCACACUGCAAUGGCUCUGAAGAACAUCGCCGCCAUCAGCCUGGCUAUCAAUUACCCCAAUAAAUCUACUAAGCUACUCAACAUGUCCCCGUGAGACAUCCACAGAGAGAAAGGAGGGGAGCAGCCUGAAGAAGGAGGGGGGGGGACGACACAUCCUGACUCAGCUGGAUCACUUUGAAGAAGGAAGGUAGAGGUGAGGGAGAGAAAAAAAAAAUCUCCCUAAGCAUCCAGUGCUUUCCUUCAAACAGGACACCCCCACCUACCACCACCACCUCCACCCUCCACACCAGUAACUCUCUGCAGUACUCCAGACCUGAGCUGUGGAGGGGGACUCAAAGAGCACUUUUCACACUUACUCACAAUCCUUUUUGCCUUAGGUGAAUCCAAUAUAUCAGCAUGUGCAUUCACUGGAACAGGAACAAUUGCGGGGGUCUGUUUUGUUUUUCUUUCUUUUUCUUUCUUUUUUUAAACUUGAGGAUAACUUUUUACUUGAAGAUGCCAUGCUUAAGGACAAAAAGUGUGCCAAAUUCACGACUUUCAAGGGGAAGUAUUCCUUUUUUUUCCUUUUUUUUUUUUUUCCUUGUCCUAAACAACAGCCACUCUGGGUUAUGUAGUUGAUCACGGUGAAAACAGGUCACCUUGGCGACUCGUAUGUCUCUGUAGACAUGCAGAGCAUCCUAAAAAUACUGUCCAGGACAGUGGAGUCUCAUUAGUCACCACAGGGAGAAAGUACUGACCUACAAGCUCAUUCCUCUCCUUUUUCUUUUUCCUUUUUAUCUACCCUUCCUUUUCUUCCUACUCAACUUCUCCCCGUCUUCCUUUCUUAUUGCCUCUCCAGAAAACAGAAAAAAAAGAUGACGGUAUUUUUUAGGGCUCUUUUUGAAAGGUUAGGAUCAAUGUAUCUAAAAACUCACAUUGCAACUGUGAUCGGGCUGAACGGGACAAAGAUGAUACUCACAAUAGCCAUAGUCUUUGCAUAGGAUGAGGAUUACCAUUACAGCUGAGGGAAAACUGUGAUCAUAUACUGUUGCAAUGCAUUCCUCCACAUCACUCUUACAAAUAUGUUGUAGUAUUUUCACUCCAGACCAUUAUGAUGUCAAAUGACGUUCAUGAAAAUGAACAGCAGCAAAAAAAAGGAAAAAAAGAAACCCGGAAUCUCUUAAAGGCCUUCAGUUUUAUCCUCCAAUUUAUUUAUUGACUAUUAUUAUUUUUUUAUCCUUAUGUACAAUUAAGUUGAAGCUUAUGAGGGUUUAUUUUUCAUGGCGGUGAAAGAAAAGUCUAUCACAUGAUUAUCUCUCCAUACAUUAUAAUGAAUGCUAUGUACAACAAAUACACAGAUCGACUGUCGAUGUAAAGAAUUGAAGUCGAUCCACUGAUGUGACUGUAAACACAUUUUAUCCCACUCAUACACCAGUAACACACGUCAUAUUUGUUAAGCUGAUAAAAGUUUCUUUUUUAAUACCGAAUAGUUAAUUACCUCAUAUUUUGCAAUCCACUGAUAUUCGGCGUGACACUUCCUUCAAUGUUUAACGUGACAUCGCACUCACCCCCACCUUUUUAUACAAAAGCGAGAUCCACCUGUAGCCAAACCCACAGAGAUCUCAAUCAGUCACAUGCACUUUCAUGUUAAAGACGGCAUCAAGUUUUGUAUUUUGACAAAUCCGAGUUCAAAAGAGGAGCGAGUAGAUAGGGAGGGGGGUGGGGGGGAAAGGGGGGGGUGGGGGGGUGAUGAUGGCGGGUUGUUUUUUUGCAAUCAUUACUGUGUUCAUUUCAGACGAAGAGAUUUUUUGUCGUCGUAGGAAGUCAUGGUGGUUUAUACCAAAGAAACCAAUCAUUGUGAGCCAUGAAACAUCACCGACAGAGCUCCUGGAAGAGUUACUUCUCAGUUUAUCACAUAUCACAUAGCUACCCUGUGAGAAGCUGGAGCAGAGGAAACUUUAAGACAUAAUUCUGUUUUAUUUUUUGUUCUGUUCUGUUGGGUUUUUUUUUUUUUUUCCGAAGUGGUCCUACAAAUGGCCAUAGGAUAGCUCGGUGAUUUUGUUUACACAAACAUCAGCUGCAGCGAGGAGACAGGAAGAUUUACACGGCCGCCAUUUUGGCUUCUACCAUGCCUCACAUAUCUACGACGUGCCUAUGGUUAAUAAUGAAGCAAUCAUAAUUUAACUCAUGUUAGUGGAAUAGUUAUUAAUUCUAUUUUAAAAAAAGAGAAAUAUAUUGUUUAAUUUGAAGUUGUUUUGUAACUUUUUACUUUUAAAUUGUUCUGUUCUGUUUUGUGCGGAUGCGUGACACGAGGCUGACUAAUUUGAAUGUACAUAUCUGUGAAUAAUUGCACAGAGGAAAGACUUUGAUAUCAAACCCUUACAAGUAUAAACUUUACUGGGCACUAACAGACGGACACUUUGAUUCUGGUUUUUUGUAUGCAUGGCACAUUGAAGGUAAAAAAAAUAUAAUAAAAAAGUACUGCUUGGGUUGAAAUGUGAUCCAUUUCUAAUAAAAAUAGAAAUGGCUUAAAUAUGA